GAAUCCUCGGGGAUGAUAAUAUUGUUAUUAAAGAAGAGAUAAAAGAGGAGGAUGAGGAGUAUGGAGUGAUGGAGUUUUUAGAGGAACACAAGGAUUUCUACAAAGACAUCAUGAUGGAGAAUCAGCCAUCCCUCACAUCACCGGAUGGAUGUGACGUUAGGAAUUCCUCGGAGGGGCCCCAGAUUUCUUCUACAGACUAUGACGGAGAAGAUAAUGGAAUCCCAACCGAUUCUGAGAAGGAAAGGCCUUUUUUGUGCUCGGAGUGCGGCCGAAGUUUUAAACGGAAAGAUCAUCUGCAUAGACAUUUAAGGAUUCACACGCGUGAAGGUUUUCCAUGUGAAGAGUGCGGGAAAUGUUUUUUGCGGAAGGAUAAACUCUACAUACACCAGCAGAUCCACACGGGUGAAAAGCCGCACACAUGUUCAGAGUGCGGGAAAAGUUUUAUAAGGAAGGAGGGACUUGUUGUACACCUGAGAACCCACACAGGCGAGAAGCCGUUUUCCUGCCCGGACUGCGGGAAACGCUUCAAUCAGAAAGGCAACCUUUGGAGCCAUCAGAAAGUCCACCAGAGUUCCUUGACAUGUUCGGAGUGCGGGACUUCUUGUGAUAAUAAAUAUGAACUUGCCAUACACCAGAGAGGCCACGCCGGGAAGGGGGUCUUCUCCUGCUCGGAGUGCGGGAUAUUGUGUGAAGGGAAGUCCCAUCUUAUUAUCCACCAGGGGAGUCACACCGGAGAGAAGCCCUAUUCAUGCUCCCGAUGCCAGAAAUCCUUCCUGGUGAAGUCAGAACUUACCAUCCACCAGAGAAGUCACACCGGUGAGCAUCCGUUUUCAUGCCCAGUGUGCGGGAAGUGUUUCCUACGACAAAAAUGCUUUACAAAACACGUGAAAUUGCACACUGGAGAGAAACCGUUCUCCUGCCCGGAGGGCGGGAAACCCUUCAUCGAAAAAGGUGAACCUGAUGUGCACCUGAACAGCCACACAGGCUUACAACGCUUUUCAUGUUCAGAGUGCGGGAAAGCUUUCUCUCAUAAAGGAAAAUUUCAUAGACACCAGAUAACCCACACGGGCGAGCGACCUUUCACCUGCUCAGAUUCAGAGUGCGAAAAAACAUUCCUUAAAAAUUCAGAUCCUUUUAACCACCUAAGAAGCCACACAGGAGAAGGCCCCUUUCCAUGCUCAGAGUGCAAGAGAUGUUUCCCAAAGCAAUCUCUUCUUGUUAAACACCGUUGCAGGCCCACUGGGGGGCAUCCUUUUUCAUAUAAAUCUUCAGACUGAUGAAGGACGCCUACGUAGGUAAAAGGACAAUACAACAGAAGCCUUAAGCCCUGAGAUAAAGAGUCCAAAAUUCUUUAAGGGCUGUUUAGCAACAUCAAAUAAAACCCACCCAAUGCGUUUCGGCCAAAAGCUCCUCCUCCAAAAAAAUAACUUGUAUCAUUGAUGUUUCAACUCACAAGGGUCAGCGACCUUCCUCAUGGUCUGAAAUAAUUUUAUCCUAAAAGGACAAUACAACAGAAGCUCUAAGAUACAGAGUCCAAAAUGCUUUAAGGGCUGUUUAGCAACAUGAAAUAAAACCCCUCCCAACACGUUUCGGCCAAAAGCUCCUCCUCCAAAAAAAUAACUUGUAUCAUUGAUGUUUCAACUCACAAGGGUCAGCGACCUUCCUCAUGGUCUGAAAUAAUUUUAUCCUAAAAGGACAAUACAACAGAAGCUCUAAGAUACAGAGUCCAAAAUGCUUUAAGGGCUGUUUAGCAACAUCAAAUAAAACCCCUCCCAACGCGUUUCGGCCAAAAGCUCCUCCUACAAAAAAAUAACUUGUAUCAUUGAUGUUUCAACUCACAAGGGUCAGCGACCUCCCUCAUGGUCUGAAAUAAUUUUAUCCUAAAAGGACAAUACAACAGAAGCUCCUCCUCCAAAAAAAAUAACUUGUAUCGACUGAAGGAUAUUUUUAGGCAAACUGUAUUUAAAUGUAUAUUAACCAAUUUUUAUAAAAAACAUUUUUUGCUAAAGAAUGAAAACCUGCAAACAAUUUUAUAUUUUAUGGGAGAGGAGACCCCGUAGAAGAAGUCGGCAACUGCAAUGUUUUAAUGUCACGCAACUGUUUAUCUCAUCUAUAUUCUUAGGAAGAAUACUCUAAAAUAAAUUCUAGUGCACACAAAUACAAUAAAAUACAACUUUUUUGGAAAAAAUAUAAA